AUGAACCCAUCGCAGCCGCCCCACGGUGGAUACAGCGCACAGGGCGACAUGAGCGUCCAAGGCAAUGGCGCGCAUUGGUUCCCGCAGGACAUCGACUACAGCUAUGAGGAGCAGGACAUGGACGGCGACCAUGGCGGUGGAGACAACGACAACGACAACGAGGGCGGCGACAAUCGGGACCCUAAGAGGAGGAGGAUUGCGAGGGCGUGUGACAUGUGUCGCAAAAAGAAGAUCAAGUGCGACGGAAAGAUGCCGAAAUGCAGCCAUUGCGAAAACUACAAGACAGAGUGCAUCUUUACACAUGUCGAGAAGAAGAGGGCGCCGCCCAAAGGCGCAAAGUAUAUCGAGGGACUGGAGAAUCGGCUCGGCAGAAUGGAGAGUCUGUUGAGGAUGUCGGGACUUUUGGGUGAAGAUGAUGGCGGCAGGACCGAUCUUGGCACAUUAGAGAAGAAGUUGCAAGAGAAGCAGCAGCAUCGAAGCAACGCUGCAAGUCCAGUCACCAAUUCCUCCACCUCAAACCGACAAAGCGGAGAUGCGGGCACCCCGAGUGAAGCACAACCUCAGCGGGUCGCGAGUCCAAAUGUCGCACAAGCAAACGGCGCGACCAAAUCGCCGCUGGAGAGCAAAAGUCCAAACGUGUUCAAGAGAGAUGCAAAAGAGGUUGAUGCGCUGGCAGACCAGAUGUGUAGUCUGAUAACCAACAAUUGCGGCGAGACGCGCUAUAUUGGGUCAUCCUCAGGCUUCAGCAUAUUUAGCCCAAAGGGCAUACAAUGGGUGAACGAAAAGACGGGCGACAACAGCUUCCAACAUAUGAUUGCGACGGCCACAGUCGAGGACAAGGCAGGUUGGGACCAUUGGAAACCCGAAGUGUUCAACGACCUAUUCCAGAGACGGAUCUUCAAGCCUCUGCCAGGACGACAGGAGUGUUACGCACUGCUCAAGGACUACUUCGAGAACUUCAACUGCAUGUUUCCGCUGUUCCACGAGCCGACCUUCAUGCAUCUCGUGGACAAGCACUAUUCUCUGGAACCAUACGAUGGCUCGGGAUGGUGGGCCAGCUUGAAUGUGGCGCUCGCAAUUGGACACAGACUCAGAGUCAUGAGCAAUGUGGUCGGCCAGGAGGAAGAUGAGGUCGCAUGGGCCUAUCUGAAGAACGCAAUGGCAGUGAUGUCUGAGCUGACAAUGCGCAACACUGACCUACUGUCCGUUCAGGCACUGCUCGGCAUGGCAUUGUUCUUGCAAGGAACGCCUAACCCGCAACCAAGCUUCUUCCUCGUGGCCGCUGCGAUCCGCCUGGCGCAUUCGAUAGGACUACACAAGCGCGGAUCUGGUUUCAAUCUCAACGAGGUCGAGAAUGAACAGCGAAAGCGAGUCUUCUGGAUCGCGUACCUGAUGGACAAGGACAUAUGUCUGCGGUCAGGGCGACCUCCAUCACAAGACGAUGACGACAUGAACGUGGAUCUGCCUUCCGAGGACCCGAUAGACAAUGUGGGAAACGUGCCCCUGUCUGUGGAGCAGGAUGGCAAGAAGACCAUGAACCUAUUCCGGCUCAUGUGCUCCUUUGCCCAGAUACAGUCGCGCGUUUACAAGCAACUGUACUCGGUGAAAGCAAGUCGGCAGAGCGAUGGCGAGCUCCUCAACACCAUCGGCGACCUGGAUGCACAAUUGGAAGAAUGGAAGGACAGCAUACCCAUUGACUUUAGACCAGAGCAUGAGAUCAAAGCCGCCCAUACACCGCUCAUCCUUCAUGUCGUCGUGCUGCAUUUUGCCUACUACAACUGCUUAACGACGAUACAUCGGAUGAGUGUGCACCAUGGCUACUGGACCAGUCGACUGAGCGACUACGCAAUCCAAGGCUUGAACGCAAGACCCCUCAACCCGAGAGUGUUCAUGAGCGCUGCGUUGUGUGUCAAUGCCGCGAGAACAAGUAUAGGGCUCAUUCGAUACAUCCCGCAAGGCGACUACGCUUGCGUUUGGCUUGUGCUCUACUACCCAGUAUCUGCACUCGUGACUCUCUUCGCAAACAUUCUCCAGAACCCUCAGGAUGCUCGAGCUCGAUCUGACCUCAAACUAAUGAGCAGUGUAGUGUCAUUCUUGACCAUGCUCGAGCGGGAUGUCUCGGAAGCAAAUGGCAACGUUCGCCGCAUGCUCUCAGUGUGCGCUGAGUUUGAAAGAAUAGCUCGCGUGGCGCUGGACAAAACAGAGCGCGAGAUGCGUGGUCGUGGGAAGCGCAAGCAAGCUGAACGAGAACGUGAAAAGGCUCUGAAGGAGCGAAUCAGUGGUGAGGUAGCUCAAGAUUUGGAAGAAGGCAAGAGCCUCGAACAAAUCCAGGUCGAGACGCAAGCCGCCUACCGCAGACCUGUACAGACACCCAGUCUGCGAGCCUCAAUUACCGGAAGUCAGUCCGGAAGUCAACCAAGCAACAGCCCUGCCGGCUUUCACAGCCCUCCCGGCGGCUCUGGUCCUGAGUACCACGCUGGCCAGCAAGGUCGCUCAUCAAGCAUGUCACGCCCUCAACACAACCAACACCUCCAACCUAAUGGCCAGCACCCUCAACAGCAACAGUACAUGCCCUCGCAACAGCCCGGACCUUUCAACAUUGCUCCAUUCUCCCAGAUGGAUGCAAACAUGCAGAACUUUGCGCACAACGGCCGCAGCGGCGCAUCGCCUCAACCACCUCAUAUGGCGCCCUUCACUGGCCCUCCCAUGAACCCCGACGGUACUUUCCAAUCACCUCAUAUGGAGUUCCCGAGCAUGCCAUUUACCGCACCGCCUGGCACUGCAGAGCUGCCUGGUGGUGCUUUCCAACAACCUUUCGUGCCGCAAGAUUUAUGGCAGAUGCCGAUGACGUUGGAGUGGGAUUGGGCUGAGGGCCUUGGGUUGGGCGCUUUCACACCCGGACCUGGAUUCGACGGGCAGAAUGCUGGGUUUCCUGACAUGAAUAUGGGCCCUCCGCCGCCGCAAUAA